CCAUGUUUCACACUUCAGAAUAAGAUCCCCAAAUUUAACAAUAAAUUCCAAAUCGUAUUUUAUCGUUGGCAAUCAUUUGGUCGCGCUUUGGUCUAAAAUUGCCCGUAAACACAAUUUAAAGACGGAAAUUAAUGAGCUAAAGGGAAGAUGGUCGGAAAGCUGAAAGUGUGCAUCAUUGGGUCUGAGAGCUGGGGCUCGGCAAUUGCAGCCUCUGUGAGCAACAAUGUUCAGCAGAUGGAGGGCUUUGAUAGCCGUGCGCACAUCUAUGUCUAUGACGAGCUGGUUCGCAGCAAAUACCUCUCAGAGGUGAUGAACAACUGCCACGAGAAUAUCAAGUAUCUGCCUGGCAUUAGGCUGCCCGAGAAUUUGAUUGCAGUAAAUGAUUUAUUGGAGGCUGCCCAGAAUGCCGAUAUUAUAAUAUUUGCCACGCCACAGCACUUUGUUAGAUCAUAUUGCAACAUAUUGGCCGGUAAGGUGAAGAAGAACGCCAUCGCCCUGUCCAUGGUCAAGGGUCUGGCUCACGUUUCGGAUGGCGAAAUCGAUCUGUACUCGAGUGCGAUUAGCAAGCACUUGGACAUACCCUGCUACUCCAUGAUGACGGCCAAUAGCGCCAUGGAGAUGGCCCAGGGAAAGCUCUGUGAGAUGACAAUUGGAUGCAACAAUGACGAUGAUGCACAGCUGCUGACCGAGUUGCUUCAAACAGAAAACUGCCGGGUGAUUGCCAUUGACGACGUUGAUGGCGUGGAGUUGUGUGGCACGCUGAAGGAUAUCAUUGCCCUGGGUGCGGGCUUCGUUGAUGGCCUGAAAUUGGGCGAAAAUGCUCGAGUGGCUGCCCUUCACCUGGGUGUCAAGGAGAUGAUGCGAUUCACAAUGGCCUUCUACCCCACCGCCAAAAUGUCCACAUUCUUUGAGAGCUGCGCUGUGGCCAAUUCGGUGGCCUCCACCUAUGUCGACAAGAAUGUCACCUUUGCCAAAAGUUUCAUCACCUCUGGAAAAACCAUUCAGGAGAUUGAGUCAAAUCUGUUAAAUGGCCGCAAGCUGCUCGGCCCCUUGGUGGCCGCCGAGCUGAACGCCUUUCUGGAGGAGCAGGACAUGCAGGAUGAAUUUCCCCUCUUUACGGCCAUACACCAAAUCUGCCAGAACGAGGUGGACCCGGAGACAAUACUGGACACACUGCGCACUCACCCAGACCUGAGCAGCAGCUUAUCCUUUUCACAAUUCCUGUCCCAAGUGAUUACCAUGGAUGAUAGUCUCGAGAAAGUAUUGGAACAACGGCCCGAACCUAUAGCGGCCUUGGAAAAGGCCCUGGCUGAGACGGUAAAAAAGAAAAGCUUUCGGGAACUGCAGGAAAACGGCAGCUGGAAUUCGGUCUAUAAUGCAAACCAAGGCAAAAGGCAGCCACCGACCGAUCCCUGGCAAGUAAAUGAACAGAAGGGACUACAGAUAAGUUGUUGGCUGGAGUCCAGCGACUCCACUAGACCCACCGUUGCCUCCGGGACUCAGGGCUCUGGAGAAAACGACAACAUUGUCGGCUCCACCACGGGUUCCGAUGAGGGCCAAGGCAGCAUCGGAUUUACUGAGCAUUCGGAUGCUGAAAAGUUGACAGAAAAAACCAAGAAGGAGUUGCCUGUUGACAAAACCUGGCUAAGGGAUCAGCCACCACCAAUGAUCACAGGGAGCGACGACAAAGGCAACAAAGGCACCAAGGGCGAAUCACCACCGCCAUUCCAGGAUACGAAAACGAAAAAAGUGAAAGCUGUAGAUGAAUCCGUGGAGAUGCGCCCCAGGCCGUACAUCAACACGUUCCAGGCCCUGAAUAUAAAGCCCAUGACGGGGAAACAAAAUGAAGCAGCUAUCACAGCUUCUUCGAAGGCCAAUCAAAACGGUGACGAAGUUUUUCCCAAAAAACUAGUAAAGCCAUCGUUGGCAUACACCAAAGAAAUACGACAACAAAUCGAGGCUUUUACCUCUAAAGGUAGGGAAGAUUCUACGCCCGAGUCCAAGAAAAAUGACAAUGCAUCGGAGGAACCUGGGAAACAAAACAAAACCGAUGUGGAUAAGGCAAGCAAAGCUGAAACUUCGAAUGUCAAGGAAAACACGCAGCAACAAAACCCAAAAAGUCCAACGGAAAACGCCAAUUUGAAGCAAGCCGAAACUCUGGAACAUGAGCAGACCAAACCUGGCGAGGCAACCAUUUCCCGUACUCCUGAAGACCAUGAAAACCAGAAGCGCGAGGAGCCUGUGAAAGACCAAGACGAAAAUAGUCAUGAGCUUAAAGUCGCCUCAGAGCAGGAGCCAGAAGCUGGGCCUGAGCAUAAAUUUGUUUUCAACAGUCUCGAGGACAAAGAACGUUUCGAGUCAAUUUUACUGACAAAGUCGAAGAAGGACAGGCUAUCCAGAAUUGAUGACACUGAGACCGGGCAACAAUAUACGCAAACCUGGCGGUACAUGUCUCCCCCUAAACCUUUACAGAAUCUUCAGAUUUGCGCCGAAGAUAAUCCGCAUGAACAGACAGAGGACGUUGAAGUGUCAGAGUCCAUGGAGGACAACAAGGCGGCAGCCAGGGAACAGAAAGACAGGGACAGCCUGACGGAAGAGAACUUUGAGAAGUGGAAGCAAGUGGAGGCGGAGGAAAGACCACCGAAACACGCACAGACCGAAGAGAAUAUGUAUCUUAGUGCUGAGGAGCUGAUCAGACGUGAAUUGCAGCACCAUCAUGAGCAGAAACUCGAGUUGGCAGAACAGAUGGAAGGUACCAGCAUUUUGUUGAAGAACGAGGGAGAAGGCAAGCAGGAGCUGGUCCCUGGGGAUGAGGAAGUGGCAGACAGUAUAAAGGUGCUGGCAGAAGAGCGGGAGAACGAUGGUCAGAGGCCAGCAAAGAGGGGUCAAAAGAAACCACACCAGAGCCCCGAUGAAGCCAACCUGCGUUUCUUUAGCUUCGACAAGAAGGAUGGCAAGGGGCACACGACGACGCCGACACCUACCACCGGCAAGGGCGAACACGAAUGGGAUUGGCUGCACAACAAAGAAACUCCGGAAACCGAAAGCAAGCCAGUGGACGGGGACGAGCGUUUGUCGGAGUAUUACGUGAACAAGAAAAGUGACCAGCAGAAGCUCGAGAUGCUCAACGAGCGGCUGCAAGACAUAUUCCAGCAGCAUAUGGAAGAGGCACCCCGUGGGCCCGAGGCUUCUGGCAAUUCCGUUGAGAGCCAUGAAUCCGUCGAGGCUAAGCCACUGGCCCUCGAUCCUGUGACUGGCCAAAAGAAACGUGAUACCCAACAGCCGCAGACGCCAAUGCCUGCGCCAAAGCAAACGCCGGCAAAGGCGCCUCCGCCAAUGCCCAAACGUCAGAAAAUUGCCGAAGGCUCGCCCCAGUUUCAGGUUACACCGCGUACGAUUCCACCACCAUCGCCGCAGACACUGCCGCUCACGCCCCAGGAGCUGCAGCCACACCGCAAGGACUUGCCCAUCCAGUUCAACGCUGAUACGGAGCCACCAGCACCACAACAAACAGAUGAGAGUUUGAAGGCAGCGCGCGGCCAGAAAGGAGCCGUGGAUAUCCCACCAGCAACCAUAGAUGUAUCCAAACCGCCAUCACCAGGCGAUCAGCAGGCCAUAAAGCAGGCAGAGGCUCCAACAAUUGAUGUGAAAAAAUUCAUGCCGCAUUUCUUGACGAGAGGCAAAAAACCGAAACCCACCAAGAAGGUAGAGCCACCAACAAUUAAAGUGGAACGAUAUAAGCCGUUGCCUAUCUUGAAGAAAUCGACACCAAAGUCCCAUCAGAAUCAACGGGAGCACGCAUAUGAAUUGGUGAAUGAUCCAAGGGUCGCAACACAAGAGCCUAAACCUGCUCCUGAGGACAACACACCACCAUCGACAGCCAAGACUGAGAAACCUGCUGCCCAGGAACACCCGAAGGAGCGACAGGAGCAAAAGCAGAUGAACUACUAUGAAUGGUUGGAUGAUCCAAGAGCCGCAACGCAGGACAAAACGACACCAUCGACAGCCAAGACAGAGAAACCUGCUGCCCAGGAACAUCCGAAGGAGCGACAGGAGCAAAAGCAGAUGCACUCUUAUGAAUGGGUGGAUUAUCCAAGAGCCGCAAGGGGAGACAACACGACAGCCAAGACGGAGAAACCAGCUGGAAGCCAGGAAACGCCGAAGGAGCAAGAGCAGAUGAAGGCGGACGAGGUGACCAAGAAGCUGCGAAACAAGCUGCGCAAUGAUCAGGAAAAGAAAGUUGGCUACAAGGGUAAGAAUCCCUUCCUAAAGGAGCCCGACCUGCAGUCCAAUCCGCCGAUGGAUACCAGUCUCGAGCACGACCUUGCGAGGCGGAGGUCCAACAGGCAUCAGUCGCGUCGCAAGGUGGUGGUCAAGCCGCCCUUCAAUCCCCCACUCAAUCCUCGUGUCCGCAUACCGCGUCCACCCUUCGACGGUCGAGAACGCGAGUACCACACCCAGGUCAUGCCAGCGAGCUGUUGCAUUGCGCCCUGUCUAAACUGGCCCGUGGCAAUACGGAAGCCGGAGCAGGCGACGCUGAGAGCUGGCAACCAGCUUAAGCAUUUGGCCAUCGUGUUGCACCAGCCCCGACAGAUGAAGUUUAUCUCGCGCCCGGCACAACAACUGCCAUUGGGGCUUCUGCCUCGAUGCCCAGCACUGAACAAACUCCUCUGCGCCGUCCAGCUUGGGCUGCUGGCCAGGCUCCUGGCUCGCUUCAGAAAUGGCCAUAAAUAGACCAGAUGCGAACUGAAUGACGCCAACGAUCUCUUCCCAAAUAAAGUAUAGAUUUAUA